AUGGAGGUGUCUAUACAACAGGAAUUCUCCCCGGAGCUCAAUGACAACACUUCCAAGGCCUACAUGGAUUUCAGCAACACCUUCAAGAAUCAGAUGCAGAAGGUUUACCAAAACGUGCAGGAGUUCAAGGAUGUGGAGAUCCUGUCCCUGAGGAAUGGCAGCAUCAUGGUGGACUAUCUGGUUCUGUUGGAGCUGCCCUUCAGUGUCCACCUGGAGAGUGAGUAUGAGAAGAUGAAGACAGUCCUGAAGGAGGAGCUCCAGAAUGUCAGCCAGAACCAGGAUCACUGCCAGGAUGACACCCUGUGUUUUAAGCCUGACUCCAUCAAGGUGGACAACACCACCAGGACAGAGCUAACUGUGGAAGCCAUCUGUCGCCGCUCCGCUGCCCCCGGUUAUGAGGAUUUUUACUUCCCCCUGGUGGAGGAGAACAGGCUCCGCUGCGUCACCAACUGCACCUCAGGUGUGGCCGGCGCCAUUAACUGUAACCAGGGCCAGUGCCUUCUGGAGAGGAGUGGUCCCACUUGCCGCUGCUUCUCCACGGACACGCACUGGUUCUCGGGCGCGCGCUGUGAGGUGUCCAUUGCCUGGAAGGCCCUGGUUGGGGGCCUAGCGGGGGCUCUGGCGCUACUGCUGCUGCUGGGGGCGCUUGGCGUCUUCAUGGUGCGCUCCCGGGAGAGGCACGGCCGCGGCAGAGGCUGGUCCUGGGACUACAGUGACAGGAAAUGGUUCGAGAUAUGUGAUGAGAGCACAGUGGGGACUUUCACAAACUUGGGCUUAGAGGACGACGGAACAUACAAGGAGGAAAACUUCCACGUGGCCUUGGAGACUGUGGACACCAAUAUAAGGGUACACACCCAGAGACCUGAGGUGGAUUUGUCCCAUCUCUCAGACUGGCAGCACCUCCUCUGGUACAACCUCAACGGGAGAUGGCACCUCUUCUACAAUGCCUACUGCAGCCAGCAGCCCUGUAACAUCUACUGCAGAGGCUACUACAUCCUCAACAACGCCUUCUGGUGGCACCACUCCCCUGACUACCUCUACUGA